GGUUAAAUUUAUAGUUGGUGCAUGUUACCCGUCAGUAACUUUCCAACCGGACAACACACCCAUUGGGACGCCAAAUCCACUUUGGUAAGUCAAUAUCUAAGCUUUCGUCAAUCAUUCGAUCUCUUGUAAGUUAUAACCCGCCUUCUUCCUAACUUCCAUUCUCCAAUCUCUAUCUCUCCACCUUGUCCGCGUUCAUACCAACUCCCAUUUCCUUUGACCCUGUCCACACCCCUCUUCAGUUUCCUCUCUGUCGUCUGUACCCUUCUCUCUCUCUCUCUUGCACUUCCUCUCUACAAUGUUGAUGCUAGUGAAUUGUUCAAACUGUAGGACACCAUUACAGCUCCCACCAGGGGCCAAGUCAAUCAUAUGCGCCGUGUGUCACGCCAUCACUCACAUCGCCGACCCUCGCAGCGGCCCACCGCCACCACCUCCGCCGUACUCCACCUCCAACUACCAUUACGCUCCGCCGCCACCCCCGCCGGUGUUGUCGGCUCCGUCGCCUUACAACCACGCGCCUCAGGGUCAACCUCCGGCGGCCCACGGCCAUAAGAGAGCUGUGAUUUGCGGGAUAUCGUAUAAAAACUCGAGGUACGAGCUGAAAGGAUGCAUCAAUGACGCCAAGUGUAUGAAGUUCUUGCUGGUCAACCGAUUCAAGUUCCCUGAGUCCUCCAUUCUCAUGCUCACUGAAGAAGAAACCGAUCCAUAUAGGCGUCCAACAAAACAUAACAUCAGGAUGGCAAUGCAUUGGCUUGUACAAGGUUGUCAGCCAGGAGAUUCCCUAGUUUUCCAUUAUUCUGGCCAUGGUUCACAACAAAGAAAUUACACUGGAGAUGAGGUAGAUGGAUUUGAUGAGACACUUUGUCCACUAGAUUUUGAAGCACAAGGAAUGAUUGUGGACGAUGAGAUCAAUGCGACUAUUGUCAGACCUCUUGCUCGUGAGGUUAAGCUUCAUGCUAUUAUAGAUGCUUGCCACAGUGGCACUAUGUUGGAUUUACCAUAUCUUUGUAGGAUGGACAGGAGUGGUCGCUAUGUAUGGGAGGACCAUCGUCCUCCAUCUGGCGUCUGGAAAGGAACAAAUGGUGGGGAAGUCAUUUCCUUCAGUGGCUGUGAUGAUGAUCAAACCUCUGCUGAUACAUCUGUAAAGUUUUAGUCAUUCAUUGAUUUCUUCCUUUAUCAAUAUGAUUGAAUUACUUGGAAUUUUAGUUUCCGCUUGCCUGGAGUAAAAACAUCCAUAGCUAAGCUUUAUUUGGACAG